AGUGAUAUGAUGUUACAGACUCCAGUACAGCAGGGGGCGGGAUGCACUUAAAAGAUGUUUGCAAUCCGCCAUUAACUAAGAAGAAGAAGAAGCAGCAGCUGGACGUACCUCGCUCUGCAGCUUUCAGCCCGUUUAACAUAACGCGUCUAUUUAAAACUUCUUCCCGCGCGUGAAUAAGUAUUUUAUAAAACACGCAACUCUGCGUUUCUGUCGGGCUCACGUGACGCGUCACCAGCACCUUUAAAAAACGUGAAAACGUGUUGAAUUUGACGUUUUAACCGGUAGGUUACCAAGGCAACGUUAGCCAACAGUUAGCUAGCUGUUAGCUCAGUUCAGGGUUUCUCGUUGUUUUCUGUCCUAAAAGUUGAUGUUUCUGUACAAAAGGUUGAGCCGAAUCAAAGUAAACAGUUGUCCCUCUUAAACCGUGUGAAGUGUUGUUAGUAACUUUAUAUCUUAUUGAGCUGAUAAGCGCAACAUAAACGAACUGUGAUAUUUAUUAACGGAGUUCGUUUUUUCUUCAGUCUCAGCUUUUCGGCAGUCGUUGUUUUCUGUCCUAAAAGUUGAUGUUUCUUUACAAAAGAUUGAGUCUUUGCGGUUGUCUUACACGCCGAAUCAAAGUACACUGUUAUCACUCUUAAACCGUGUGAAGUGUUGUGAAUAACUUUAUAUAUUAUUUCACUGAUAAACGCAACAAAUCUAACUGCGAGAUUUAUUAACGGAGUUCGUUUUUUAUUCAGUCUCUCUGCUUUUCGGCUUCUGCUAGAUUACUGGAAGCUACAACAAACACCCGUACUGGUGUCUUGUGUCUCAUAAACAAGUUAAUAAUCACGAUACAGACUGUUUCAGGAUACUGGCGGUAUUUAUGAGCACACCACCGUAAUGCCCCGUUUAAUCCAGCCUCUCCUGCAGAACACCAUCUGACAAAUCUCUGUUUUAGCCCUGAUUCAUCAAAAGCUCCUCCUGACGCCGAGUUACAGUACAGAAAGAAACUGUUAACUACCAACAGCUGUUAAAUACAGUUUAAAUAAAGAAAUCAUUAAGUCUCUCGGUACCGGCCACAGUUCAGUCAGGACCGGUUCACCUGUCCCACCUGGUGAACACAUGGAGCAGUACAGUAUUCUGGGUCGGGUCGGAGAAGGAGCCCACGGCAUCGUCUUCAAGGCCAAACACAUCGAGACGGGAGAGACGGUGGCUCUGAAGAAAGUGGCUCUGAGGAGGCUGGAGGACGGCAUCCCCAACCAGGCUCUGAGGGAGAUCAAGGCCCUGCAGGAGAUCGAGGACAACCAGCAUGUGGUGAAGCUGAAGGACGUCUUCCCUCACGGUACGGGCUUCGUCCUGGUGUUUGACUUCAUGCUCUCCGACCUCUCUGAGGUCAUCAGGAACUCUGAGCGACCUCUGACCCCGGCCCAGGUCAAAGGUUACAUGAUGAUGCUGCUGAAGGGCGUGGCCUUCCUGCAUCACAACGACAUCAUGCACCGGGACCUGAAGCCAGCGAACCUCCUCAUCAGCUCCUCGGGUCACCUGAAGAUCGCAGACUUCGGUUUGGCUCGACUGUUCAGCGAUCAGGGAGGCAGGCUGUACAGCCACCAGGUGGCCACCAGGUGGUACAGAGCUCCUGAGCUGCUCUAUGGAGCCAGGAAGUACGACGAGGGAGUCGACCUGUGGGCCGUGGGCUGCAUUUUCGGGGAGCUGCUGAACUCGUCUCCUCUGUUUCCUGGAGAGAACGACAUUGAGCAGCUCUGCUGUGUCCUCAGAGUGCUGGGAACCCCGACCCCGGACAGCUGGCCUGAGAUAGUCGAGUUGCCAGAUUACAAUAAAAUCACCUUUAAGGAGAAUCCAGCGAUCCCAUUGGAGGAGAUCGUCCCUGACACGUCCCCUCAGGCCGUCGACCUGCUCUACAAGUUCCUGGUCUAUCCGUCCAAACAACGCUGCUCCGCCAGACAGGCUCUCCUCCAUCCAUUCUUCUUCUCCUCUCCACUUCCUGCUCACCACUCAGAGCUGCCCAUCCCUCAGAGGGGGGGCCGCCCCCCCCGCCAGCGUCUGCAGGCUCCGCCCGCUGACUUCUCGGUGGACCUGCCCCUGCAGAGCAGCGUGGUAGACCCUGUGCUGCUGAGGGGACACGCCUGCUGCCUCUGAACGACCGACCGACCGACCAAUCAGCUUCCUCCUUCAGUGACGCUCUGCCGACUCGUCACGCUAAACAAAUGUUCGCUCUCAAGCAAGAAUAAAUUCUUUCUGAAUAAAAA